AAAUGAGACUGUUUUCCGGCAUGCGUUGCAAACAAGGAUCUAGCAGUCUCGGGAAGUCGAGCGGCCACGGACUAGACCCCCACCAGCACCAGAGCUGAUCUUUGGGCUGCGCGGCGUAGGCGACGAAAAGAGCCACCGCAACAUUUCCUGUCAGUCAUCUAAAGGAGCGGGGUGUUUUUGCGAGAAGCAGGAGGAGCCAAACCCGGCCUCCCUCCCAGUCAUUAACCUGGGGCAGCCCAGACGACUCCCGCGUCGCCGGAGCAACCCCUUUAGCCUGCCUCUGGCAGAGAAUGCCACCCCCUUUGGCGUUCGUCGCCGCGCCUUGAGCGAGGAGACGCUGGUGUCUUUUCUGGGGCUCUUCCGCUUGUGCCCUCACCCUCACCCCCUUUUCGUUUUCGCUCGUGGCUCCUGCAGUCUGGAGCGCGUAGCUUUUUUUCUUGCCUCACGCCGCCCUGGGGUGGUUCGUGCAGGGUUGUUGUGCCUGAGGAGAAGCGGUCUCUUUCCCUCUUUGCCUUGCGCCGGGUGUGGCCCGGCUUGGUGGGUCCUUUCAGCAGCUGGGCAGUAGCAGAGGCAGGUACCGGCGGCUGCUGUGCUGGGCAUCGCCAGGUGCUGGCGCUGGCCUGGGGGGGGCCGCUGUGCUGCAUUGCGGGGCAGGCGACUCCUCCUCCUCCACCCCCGUUCCCUCCCCCGGAGGAGCGGGACUAUCUGGGCCGGGCAGCAGAGCAGUCCCUGGGCAGGAAUGUCCCUGCUUGCCCAGAUAAUGUUAUUUAUAUCGCCGGCUGGUAGGGCGGCUCCGCUCAGCGUUCCCAGGACCACCCGGGCCCCCUUGGGACUGUGUCUCGCCGCCACUCCGUGCUUCUGCUGCUGGUGUCCUAGGCAGAUGUAAUUUAAUACUGAAGAAACAACAGUACCGAGAGAGAGAGACCUUCAAUAACAACUUGCAGUGCCACUUUAGCAUUGCCUCUGUGCCCUUGCUUCAUAGGGAACAGAAUGAACAUUUCUCCAUUCAUUUGUCUGGAGCAGGGUAAGGGGGCUGAACCAGGGAAAUCCCUUCAGGAGGAUAACAGUUCCUACCCUUGGCUACAACACAAUAUUGCAGAGUGCAUUGCAUUGGAUCUUUUCAUGUCAACUAAAACAAGUACAGCAGCAAAACAUCCAGAAUUAUGACAUCGGCCACUGAUUUUGAUCACUUGGAGAUUCAGCAGCAGUACAGCCGGAUCAACGCUCGUUGGGAAGCCUCUGAUGAUGAGCUGGACAAUGACAACAGUUCUGCCAGGCUCUUUGAGAGAUCCCGGAUCAAAGCUUUGGCAGAUGAGCGGGAAGCUGUGCAGAAGAAAACCUUCACCAAAUGGGUGAACUCCCACCUGGCACGUGGGACCUGUCGCAUUUCUGAUCUCUACAUGGACCUCAGAGAUGGGCGGAUGUUAAUCAAACUGUUGGAGGUGCUUUCUGGAGAGCUGCUGCCCAAGCCCACGAAGGGUCGCAUGCGGAUUCACUGCCUGGAGAAUGUGGACAAGGCCCUGCAGUUCCUAAAAGAGCAACGUGUGCAUCUGGAGAACAUGGGCUCUCACGACAUUGUUGAUGGCAAUCACCGUCUGGUGCUGGGCCUUAUUUGGACAAUCAUCUUGCGCUUCCAGAUCCAGGACAUCAUUGUUCAGACUCAAGAAGGCCGGGAGACCCGCUCUGCAAAAGAUGCACUGUUACUCUGGUGUCAAAUGAAAACUGCAGGCUAUCCCCAUGUUAAUGUCACCAAUUUCACCUCCAGCUGGAAGGAUGGCUUGGCUUUCAAUGCCCUUAUUCACAAGCACAGGCCUGACCUGAUUGACUUUGAGAAACUGAAGCACUCAAACGCCAGGCACAACUUGGAGCAUGCUUUCAGCGUGGCAGAAAGGCAACUUGGCAUCACCCAACUUCUUGACCCAGAAGAUGUUUUCACAGAGAAUCCAGACGAGAAAUCCAUCAUCACCUAUGUAGUUGCUUUCUACCACUAUUUCUCCAAGAUGAAGGUGCUGGCUGUAGAAGGGAAGAGAGUUGGAAAGGUAAUGGACCAUGCGAUGGAGACUGAGAAAAUGAUCGAUAAGUACAGUGGACUGGCUUCAGAUCUGCUGACAUGGAUAGAACAGACUAUUACCAUUCUCAACAGCCGCAAGUUUGCUAAUUCUCUGGCCGGCGUGCAGCAGCAGCUUCAGUCCUUCAGUACAUACCGCACAGUGGAAAAACCGCCCAAGUUUCAAGAGAAGGGGAACCUGGAAGUCUUGCUGUUCACCAUCCAAUCAAGAAUGCGAGCCAACAAUCAGAAAGUGUAUACUCCUCAUGAAGGAAAACUAGUAUCUGACAUCAACAGGGCCUGGGAGAAACUGGAGAAGGCAGAGCAUGAACGGGAGCUGGCCCUGAGAAAUGAGCUUAUUAGGCAGGAGAAGCUGGAACAGCUUGCCCGGCGAUUUGAUCGCAAGGCAGCAAUGCGGGAGACGUGGCUUAGUGAAAACCAGCGCCUUGUUGCACAGGAUAACUUUGGAAAUGAAUUGCCAGCUGUGGAGGCUGCAAAGAAGAAGCAUGAAGCCAUUGAAACUGACACGGCUGCCUACAAGGAACGUGUCCAGGCUAUAGAGGACGUGGCCAAGGAACUGGAGAAGGAGAAUUACCAUGACAUCAAGCGCAUCAAUACUCGCAAGGACAGCAUCCUGCGGCUCUGGGCAUACCUGCUAGAGCUGCUGCAGGCCCGGCGCCGGAGGCUGGAGAUGAACUUUACGCUGCAACAGCUGUUCCAAGACAUGCUGCACAGUAUUGACUGGAUAGAUGAGAUGAAAGUAAAACUCGCAUCACGUGAAUGUGGGAAGCACUUGCUGGAAGUGGAAGACCUUCUUCAGAAGCAUAAGUUGAUGGAGGCAGACAUGGCCAUCCAGGCUGAGAAGAUCCGUGCUGUCAAUGCAGCUGCCCUUAGAUUUGCCAACGGAGAUGGUUAUCGGCCAUGUGACCCAAAGGUGAUACAAGAUCGAGUGAACCACCUGCAGCUGUGCCAUCAAGAGCUGACGGCUUUGGCUGCAGAGAGGAAAGCUCGCCUGGAGCAGUCCAAGCGCCUCUGGAAAUUCUUUUGGGAACUGGAUGAAGCUGAAAGCUGGAUCAAAGAGAAGGAGCAGAUCUAUUCCUCCCUGGAUUAUGGGAAAGACCUGACCAGCAUUCUCAUAUUGCAGAGGAAGCACAAAGCUUUUGAGGAUGAGCUGCGUGGCCUGGGAACCCACCUACAGCAGACCAUCAAAGAGGGAGAAACUAUGAUUGCUCAGAAGCAUUUUGGAGCACCCAAAAUCUGUAGUAGGAUUGAGGAAGUGAAAGCCCUCUGGGCCCAGCUGCAAGAACUGGCAGCUUUCCGCAAGAAAAACUUGCAGGAUGCUGAGAGUUUCUUCCAAUUCCAGGUAGAUGCAGAUGAUUUGAUGGCCUGGCUACAGGAUGCUAGUCGUCUGGUGUCCAGUGAGGAUGUGGGGCAUGAUGAAUAUUCCACUCUAGCCCUGGUAAAAAAGCACAGGGACCUUUUAGAUGAAGUAGCAGACAACAAGAGAGUUAUAGACAACCUGAACAGGCAGGCACAGAACUUCCCCGCUGAGUUCCGGGAUGAUCCAGGAUUUGAGAACAGACUGAAGGCCAUCCAGGCAAUGUACAAUGAGGUUGUGUCCCUAGCAGCUCUACGCAGACAGAAGCUGCAGGAUGCCUUGGAUCUCUACACAGUUUUCAGUGAGACUGAUGCAUGUGAGCUUUGGAUGAGUGAGAAAGAGAAGUGGUUGGAACAAAUGGAGAUUCCUGAUACCUUGGAGGAUUUGGAUGUUGUGCAGCACAGGUUUGAUAUUCUGGAGCAGGAAAUGAACAAUCUGGCUUCUCAGAUUGAAGGGGUUAAUCGAGCUGCCUUUGGCCUAAUAGAAAGUGGGCAUCCACGCAGUGUGAGUGUGAGACAGUGCCAACAGCAUCUGAAUGCCAGAUGGAAGGUCUUCCAGGAGAUGGUGGCUCAGAGGCGGAAAGCUGUGGACUUUGCCCUUAGCCUCCACAAUUACUGUGUGGAUUGUGAGGAGACAAGGAAAUGGAUCCUAGAAAAAACCAAAGUAAUUGAAUCUACACAGGACCUUGGCAAAAACCUUGCAGGCAUGAUUGCCAUGCAGAGGAAGUUGUAUGGCAUUGAACGUGACCUAGCAGCCAUCCAAGCCCGGCUUGCAUCCCUACAGCAGGAAGCACACCGGCUAGCUGAAGAACACCCUGAUCUAGCCGAUGACAUCUACAGUCGACUGACAGCUGUCACUGGAGUCUGGCUGGACCUGCAGAACACACUGCAGAGCCAGGAGGCCUCCCUCGGAGAAGCCAGCAAAUUGCACAAAUUUUUGCAGGACUUAGAUGACUUCCAGGCAUGGCUCUUCAAGGCCCAAAAGGCUGUUGCUUCCGAAGAGGUGCCCAACUCCCUGGUAGAAGCUGAGCACCACGUGCAGCAGCAUGCUGCUAUUAAGGAAGAAAUUGAUCAACACAGGGAUGAUUACCACAAUGUCAAGGAGAUAGGAGACAGAGUAACCCAAGAUCAGACAGAUGUAGAGUAUCAGCAGCUGGAGCAGCGGCUUCAGGGGAUGAAUACAGGUUGGAGUGCCUUAUGUAAAAUGUGGGAUAGCAGGGAGAAAUUCCUCAACAAGUGUCUUGGCUUCCAGGAAUUUCUUAAAGAUACAAAGCAAGCGGAAAUUAUCCUUACCAAUCAGGAAUAUACUCUGGCUCACAUCGAGCCCCCAGACACCUUGGAAGGAUCAGAGGCAGCGAUCCGAAAAUUUGAAGAUUUCUUUGCUACAAUGGAAGCUAAUGAGGAAAAAAUUACUGGGUUGGUGGGCAGUGGGAACAAGCUGGUGGCUGAAGGAAAUAUUUAUUCUGAUAAAAUUAAGGAAAAAGUCCAGCUGAUUCAAGAGAGAUCCAGUGCAAAUGUGGCAAAAUCUCAGGAGGCACUGGUGCUGCUGAAGGACAAUCAUCACCUACGGAACUUCCUACAGAAUUGCCAGGAGCUUACUCUCUGGAUUGACGAGAAGAUGCUCACUGCUCAAGACACAUCCUAUGAUGAAGCACGGAACUUGCACAGCAAAUGGUUGAAGCACCAGGCUUUCAUGGCAGAACUUGCAUCUAACCAAGGGUGGCUAGAGAAGGUAGAUGAGGAAGGGCAGCAGCUGGUGAAGCAGAAGCCCCAGUAUGAAGAUGUUGUUUGCCAGAGGCUAGUGGAGUUGCACCAGCUUUGGGACAAGCUCCAAGCCACCACAGAGGAGAAAGCUCAGCACUUGUUUGACGCCAACCGCUCUGACCUUUAUGCACAGAGCUGUGCUGACCUUGGUGCGUGGAUCAGUGAGAUGGAGGAGCAGCUGAAAUCUGAUGUCCGGGGGAAAGAUCUCACCAGUGUCAACAUUCUACUGAAGAACCUGAAACGAGUGGAUGAGCAAGUAAGUGUGAGGAAGAAAGAGAUGGGAGACUUGAUGUCUCAUGCCCCUCCAGCCAAAGGAGACCUGGAUGAAGCAGAUGGCAAGCAUGAGAUCAUUGAGAGAAGGUUCCAGGAUCUUCUAGAACCACUGGGAAAGAAGAGAAAAGAGCUGGAGGCAGCCAAAGCUAGAUACCAGUUGGACCGGGACCUCGCAGAUGAACUGCUUUGGGUACAAGAGCGGCUUCCCCUUGCUCAGUCCACUGACCAUGGUGCAAACCUUCUGUCAGUACAGUUGCUUAAGAAGAAAAACCAGACACUGCAGAAAGAAAUUGCUGGCCAUGCCCCACGCAUUGAAGAGGUCCUUUUCAGAGGGGAGAGCAUGCUGGCUGGAGUCAAUGGGGAUGGAGACUUCAGGGAUACUGAAGAGCACCUCAAGCAGCUGAGGGAGUCCUGGAGCACUUUGCAAGAGGAAACUUUAAAGAGGUUGCGGCGCCUGGAAGAAGCAAGUGAAGCUCAGCGAUACUAUUUGGAUGCUGGUGAAGCAGAGGCCUGGAUAAGUGAGCAGGAGCUCUAUAUGGUAACAGACGAGAAGCCAGAGGAUGAAGAGAGUGGCAUUGUGAUGCUGAAGAGACACCUUCGCCAGCAGCGAACCAUAGAAGACUUUGGAAAAAACAUCAAGCAGCUAGCUGGCCGGGCUCAGAAGCUGCUCUCUGCUGGACACCCAGAAGGGGAGGAGAUCAUCCGGUUGCAAGGACAAGUAGACAAGCAAUAUGCAGGCUUGAAAGACCUGGCUGAAGAACGCAGGCGUAAGCUGGAGCACAUGUGCCACCUCUUCAAGUUGAAGCGAGAAGUCGGUGAUCUGGAGCAGUGGAUCUCAGAGAGAGAUGUAGUGGCAUCAUCCCCAGAAAUGGGGCAAGACCUUGACCAUGUCACUCUACUGCGAGAAAAGUUCCGUGACUUUGCCCGGGAAACAGGAAGCAUCGGGCAGGAGCGGGUGGAUGGUGUCAAUCUCAUUAUUGAACAGCUGAUUGAUGCUGGCCACCCGGAGGCUGCCACGAUUGCAGAGUGGAAGGACAGUCUGAAUGAGAGCUGGGCUGACUUGCUAGAGUUGAUUGACACCAGGAUGCAGCUUCUGGCUGCCUCCUAUGAUCUGCACAAGUUCUUCUAUGAUGGUGGUGAGAUCCUGGUUCUUAUUGAGGAGAAGCACAAGGAGCUGCCUGAAGAGUUAGGCCGGGAUGUCAACACAGCAGAGUCUUUCCACAGGAUUCACACAGCUUUUGAGCGAGAUAUCCACUUGUUGGGAAUACAGGUUCAGCAUUUCCAGGAGGUGGCAGUACGUCUGCAGGCAUCCUAUGCUGGGGAAAAGGCAGUCGCUAUCCAGAAGCAAGAGCAGGAGGUCGUGAAGGCCUGGAAAGCCCUGCUUACUGCUUGUGAGGGGCGGCGGGCUCAGCUGGUUGACACAGCAGAGAAAUUCCGUUUCUUUAGCAUGGUCCGUGACUUAAUAUCUUGGAUGGAGAGUGUGAUCCGGCAGAUUGAAACACAGGAGAAGCCCAGGGAUGUUUCAUCUGUGGAGCUUCUGAUGAAAUACCACCAGGGCAUAAAGUCUGAGAUAGACACCAGGGACAAAAGCUUCACUACUUGCAUCGACCUUGGCAAAGCACUGCUGCACCGCAAGCACCAUGCUGCAGCUGAGAUAAAAGAAAAACUGUUGCAGCUGAUGGAGAAGAGGAGGGAGAUACUUGAGAAGUGGGACAGGCGUUGGGACUGGCUUCGCUUGUUGCUAGAGGUGUGUCAGUUUUCCAGGGAUGCCUCAGUGGCUGAGGCGUGGCUCAUUGCCCAGGAGCCCUAUCUCUCCAGUGGGGAUUAUGGACAAACGGUGGAUAGUGUGGAGAAACUAUUAAAAAGACAUGAAGCCUUUGAGAAAUCCACAUCCACAUGGGAGGAGCGUUUUGCUGCACUGGAGCGUCUGACCACACUUGAAUUACUGGGAAAGAGAAGGAUUUCAGAGGAGUCUUCACAGCAUAAAGUAGCUAGGACCACAGACCUGGAGACUGACUUUGAGCCAGAGCCAGAAUGUGAGAUGGGGCCUAAAGAAGAGGGUGAGAAGAAGGUGGAAUUAAGUUUAGAAGAUGCCCUUUCCCAUGCUACAGACGACUCAUCACUGCAGGUGCAAGAAAAUGAGAAGCCAAGUCAUGAAACUGUCCUGGAAGAGCUGCCUGAAGAAAAACUGCCCGAGACCGAGAUCAAAGUGGACAGUGAUGAGACUGCCACAAAGGAAUCCCUGUUCAAAGUGGUCCAGACUCCUGUGAGUGAGAUAGAUGAGACAGCAACCCUUCCCGCUCAACUGGAUAGAACUCACAGCGUACAACUUGAGGGCUACCUGGGGCGGAAGCAUGAUCUAGAGGCGCCUAACAAGAGGGCUUCUAACAGGUCCUGGAAUACAUUAUACUGUGUGCUCAGGAACAGUGAGCUGACAUUCUAUAAGGAUGCCAAGAGCUUGGCCUUGGGUGUGCCUUACCACGGAGAGGAGCCUUUCCGGCUGAAGAAUGCUUUCUGUGAAGUAGCUGCUGAUUACAAGAAGAAAAAACAUGUAUUCAAGUUGAGACUCAGCAGUGGGAGUGAAUGGCUGUUCCAUGGCAAAGACGAGGAUGAAAUGCACACCUGGCUUCAGGGCUUCAGCACAGCAAUAAUUGAAUCCCAAAGCAUUAAAACCAAGGCCCAAAGCCUGCCUCUGCCUUCCAUCACUACAAUGGAUGUCAGCCUGACCAAGAAAGACAAAGAGAAGAAAUUCAGCUUCUUUCCCAAAAAGAAAUAACCAGACAGAUGGCUUGGUCCAGCCAGAUGCCUAUGCUCUAAUGUGCAUACUGGAAAAAACUGCAUGUCUGAGCGUCUCUGGGCACUCCUGGCCCCACUCAACACUGUCCUCAUCUCCACAACACAGCGUUGCUUUUCAGUUCUCACCAAAUCCUCAUGUCUCUUUCUCCUCCUCCCGCCCCCCCCUCAAGCCAGUUUUUCAAGCGAGAAAGCAACAUCCCUGCUCCAAGACUGCCAGCAGUCCUCAAAGCAGAGCAGCUAUGAGAUGUGCAUCCUGGGAAGGCAGAGUUCAGCAAGGCUAACCUUGGGCAUGAUGCUUUGGAGACCCAAAUGGAACCUUUGCAAAAAAGAACUGCUUCAGGGGAAAGAUGCCAUGUGGAUUUCAGAGGCUUAUUAUGGAGUGAAAGGAGGGGAGUAACAGUACCUAGCCAGUCAAAAAAAGGGACUUGGAUGAAAACCAUGAAAGCUCAGUGGGUGGUUUUGAAGCAAUUUCCUUUCUACAAAAUUAGAAAAAAUAUCACUUCAGCUCACCAAAAGCCAAGGUUCCUGUAAGCUGCUUUCCCUGUCUUGUUGGAACAGAACUGUCAGGAGGGACUUCACAGUAAUCUCUCACGAAGGGUCUCCUCCCUCUCUCUUGCUUAGAAGAACACAGGCAGCAUGCAUCACACCAGAGUCGACACUCAUGCUGGAAGUCAGCUAUCACUUUUCAGCAGGCCAGAUGCUCCUCUCUGUAGGGGACUGUAACAUGCACACACAAUACCAUGUCACAAAGCACAGAACUUUCUCACCAAAUGGUCCAGAGCCCACUAAGUUGGUGACAGAAUCUUUGUUGAUAAUAACAACAGAUCAGGGUUGCAACCAAAGAGGAGAGCAUUACCUGUGUUCAAACUUCUGCACUAAAUUCAUGCAUAUGAAAAAGAGAAGUAUCAUGUUCAUCUGCUCCAAACAUGAUGAGCAUAAUGCAGCUGAAGUUAGUUGCAACUGUGUCCCGCUGAGAAAUACCCUAGUGGUUUCAGCGGGGCUUAGAUGAAAUUAACUUUUGCUGUGUUAUGCCCCGCUUUACUUAAUGAGGUUGUAUUAAUCCCGUUAUUUAUGCCAGUGUUAACUUUGUGACUAGGCUGAAUCUGGGUGCCCUCCGCUCAGCUUUCUGUAAACAUCUCUUUGGUGGCUCAGCUCUCCAGAAGCAAAAGGUUCCUCUGUUAUUCCCUUUGAGGAUGUAUUCUGCCCAAGUGUGGCCUUUGGUAAUUCACUGCACUGCUUACACUUCUGUAAGUGGAAUGGAGAGUGGCUUUCUCAGUCACUAUAGAUGCACAGGACCAGUCCCUGCUGCUCCCUUCAGCAGAGACCUUUGCCUGUGAUGUGUGUGUGUGUGAAUGGCUAUUUAAAAUAUAUACGGACACAUCCAGCUGACUAUGAAAUUGGCAAGCCCCUUAUCCAAGGCAAGAAUUCAGCCCAAAAGGCAAGUGGCAGCUCAGCUGUAUUGCUUUUUCGGAACGUAUUCUUGAGCUAAUAGCCUACGACAUUGCAAGGAGCCUAGAAAUUGCCUUUUCCUGCAGUUGUCUCUUUGCAGGGAUGGAAAUAUUAGUUGGGACUAACAUUCAUUCCAAGAACGGACUCCCAUUCUUCAGUUCUCUUUUGAGCACCCCACCCCUAGGGUCCAUUGCUAUUUCUAAGUGUCAAGUCAUAUUUUCUUUGUGGAUGCCAUAUACACCAUACUAAAAGUGCCUUAACCUAGGGGCAUCCUAUCAUCAUCUCCAGGAGAAAGUAAGCUCCAUAAACACCAUGCACAGAAUGAUUUGGAUUUUCCUCUAUCUAAUACCAUAUCUUGAAACAACAGACAGUCUUGGGGAUUCUAAGGGGGUUGUCUUCGCCUCACACCCACCAGCAGCUGUGGAAAAAAGGAGGGCUCUCAUUGCUUAGUACAGAUUGCAGUGACCAUGGAUCUAGGUACCAACAGCUGAGGCUUGAGGCUACUUGUCAUCAAGUCCCAAAGUGCUACAUUUUUCCAGAUCUCCUAGGCUGUAAUGGGUAGUUGAUACAGGCUCUCUCACUAUUGUGAUGGACAGAUCAGAUUCCACAAUGCUACAUUUGAAAAACCAAUACAACUAAAUGAUUUUUAAUUAUAGCGUUCUGGGUUGCAGAAUCUAGUAGUAUUAACACCACUGAGCAUUACUGGUGCAGUUAUGUGAUGGCUUUAACUUCCAGCCCUUCUCCCUCCCCGUGCCACUAUAAAACAUCACUGCCACAAAAGAUUUAUCCCCUUUUAUGUUCACAGGGUAGGAUGCACAUUUAGGUGGCCAUCAAACCAGCUUCUGAUACCAGGGUUACACAACAGAUUGUACCACAAUCCAGAUUGGAUUUUUAAACUAAAAUUAAGAGUUUCAGAGAAGAAUGAAGUUCCAAAGCAGAACAUACAAUCUUACUAAUUAAGCAUUACUUAAUAAGACUGGUAACUGGUGCCCAUUGAGACUAGUAGGGCAGAAGGCAAGGAGACCCACAGUAGGCAUAGCCAGAUACAAUGAUGGUAGAGCCAACUAAUUCUAAUUUUGCCACCCAUCUUCUUCCCUACUGCUUUCUAUAAAUGGAGCAUUAAGACUGAGGAGGAGGAAGCCAACAGGCAGUGCCACCCUCUUGGCUAGUUGUAAGAAAGAAGGCAGGCAGGUUAAGGUUGGUGGGGCACUGCCCCAUUUGUACCCAUGGAUCAGCUUCUGCUCCUCAAAAAGCCUCUUAUUUUCCAACUGGGAAGUAUAGAGGAAGAGCAAACAAGGUCCAUAUAUACUCUGAAAGCAGUCAACCCACUAAUAUUUUUUUGUUUUAGGAAUUUGGACAGAGACCAGUGAUACAGAAUGUUAUUACAACCAGGACUUGAAUAUCUGAAUAUCUGCAGACACUUUACCGCAGUACUGAUGCUAGACUUGCAGCGCAAUCCUGUGCAGAUAUAGGUUUGCCUAAGCUCACUGAAAUCACUUACAUAGCUUAGGCAGAUGUCAUUACAUGAAAUUGGGCUCCUGGUCUGUGCAGAUGGACACCCCUCCCAAAGAAGUAGAGCUCUGACUGUUCUGAGAAGUAAGGCCUGUUUGAGCAGAAUACCUAUUUGAGCAGGCUACACUCCAUUUCAAGACCAAACAUAGAAGAGCUCUCCAUCUGGGUACUUGUGCCCAUUGCUAGGGAGAGCUCCAAGAUGCCAAAAAGAAACUCUUGCAGGCUCUGCCUGCAUAAAAAAAAUAUUCUCACUUGAUAAAGCAGGGCUACUCCUGCCUCGGUCUCUUCCUUGCAGUUUUCCAGAGUGAACUUGCUAUGGGUUAGUGGCAUCCUUAACCUACACACCCUGCCAUACUUAAUAAUCAGAAUGCUCCCAAUGUGGGAUUUGCUUCACUCUUUCAGUCCAUGCUUAUAGAGGAAAUCUGCAUUCUGAAGUGAGCACAGAAUAGCUCAGCUAAGCCAAAGAGAAAAGGUAGGAAGUUAGGACUUCAGUGGGGAAUUUUUUUUUUAAUCGUGUGGGAGGCAGCUCUUGCUGUCUAGGAGGUGAGGCAAGGAAUAGUAGGGAUCCUGCUGCUUGUAUAAUUAUUUAAUGUAAUAGAAUAAAGCACAUGAGAAUUAGAACAAACGAACUGAUUCUCCUACAGAUGCCACCAGGAAAAAAAAUGUUUACUAAACCUUCUAGCCAGGUGCAAUUGUACAAUACACCUUUGGAACCUCACAAGCGUUUUGGCUAGCAAGCCCAGCCACCCCUUCCUUUUUUGGAGGAUAUUUUCACAUGUCACUCUUGAGUUUCAUGCUCCUUUUCAGGAAACGGGGGGGGCAAAGCUAGGCUGAAAUGUUAUUUGAGACUAUUCCUGCUGUAUAAACAUUACCCUGCACUAGACUAUAUACUAAUAGAAAGAUGUUGCACGCCUUAUGUACAUUUUCUACUAUUUCUUUAAUCUCAUAUUUUAUACAGAGCAUCAUGGGCUAUGGUCUCAGACCUGUUUGGUUUCAGCUUGGCAGGUUUUGAGUACAGUUGUCAUCCGUGUACCACUGUGUCUCAUUGCAUUGUGUGCCUACCCAUUACAGACCAGGAGUGCUCCUGUUUCCCCAGUAGGAACCAUUUGCUGGCUGGUGACUUGCAGCCCUACCAUGCCUGGCUCUGCCCAGCUCUUCCUUCUUAAGGCUUGAUCUGUAAAGUGUCUUCACCUCUGUCAAGCUGCUCUUCCAUCAGGCUUAGCUCUCCAAGACCCACUAACACAGAGGUCAGGACCUACUAGAAGGGAGCUUGACAUCACCAGGCCCAGUACAUGGUUGCUUUAGAGUAGCAAAGGCUGUUUCUUGGAGAUCAGAACAGCUGAAGUAGCCCAGGACACCUCUUGCAGGUUCAUAGGAUGGGCAGGGGGGGGGAUUUCAUACUCUUUUAAACAGCUAGGCACCAACUUCCAACUGCUCCAAUGUGCUUCCACUAUCCAGAGAAAAGAGCUAAAGCUUCAGAAUGUGCUUCAGAAGCAAUUUAAUAACAUUUUUUCUAAUAA